AUGGAUCUCAUUAUGAACUUCUCCGCUUUCAGAUAUUCUGGAACGUCCAACCAUUGUGUAGAUAGCGAAAAAGUCACAUUGUGCUGCACUUUUCUUUCUCAAUUUUUUACUAAGUCGGAUAAUUGUGUAAAUGAUGCAGCUGUCAAAUUCUUGCGACAAAGAGUGGGGAAAGCUGGAAGAUUUAUAAUUGAUCUAGUCGCGUCAGAGUCAAAAAGAAAUCUACAUAAACAUCCUUCUAGUGUGCUUGGGGCUUGCAAGAAUGAAUGGGAGCAGUUUGAGAGCAAACAUGCAAUUCCGGCUUUUGUUUUAAAUGUUUUUGAUCCAAAUCAAGCAAUUUUUGAAAUACAUAUAUAA